AUGAUGCACGGUGGUAGAACGGGGUGCCAAUCGGCGCAGUCGGUGUUGCCUCAGCCGUGUGCGGUGAAGGUUGUUCCCAGUCGUGUCGUCGCCGUCGCUGUCGCAAUCUGGUUUGCUCUGCUCGACGACGAAACUGGGGCAGAUGGAUUUGUUUGGGUACCACACACGCAUAUGCACACACCCACAGACAGACAGACAGACAUUCCCGCUCGCCCCGUCGGCAUUGUUCGACCGGUCAUCGACGAUAUGCCGGACAUGUCGCACUGUGGCCGUCGAAUGACCACCCGCAAACCGGAAUUCCGGGUAUGCGAUUCGUCAGCAGAAAGCGAUACCAUUUGUCUAAACUUGGCACUGAGAAAAUCGCGUUCCCCAAUGUUAGCAUUGUAA